GGGGCGGGGCGAGCGUGGGUCCGGAACGCAGCGGUCGGCGCCUGGCGGCGGGAGAUCGAGGGUGAGCGGAGCGCGACACACGCUUGGCUGGGGGGAUCGGCGCUCGGCCGGGUGAGCGUGAGCCUAGGAGAUGGCCGUGAUGGAAGUGGCCUGCCCCGGCGCCCCCGGCUCGGCAGCUGGGCAGCAGAAGGAACUUGCCAAGGCCAAGGAGAAGACACCGUCUAAGGGGAAGAAACAGAGCCCCAUCUACAAGCUGGAGGCUGUGGAGAAGAGCCCCGUGUUCUGCGGGAAGUGGGAGAUCCUGAAUGAUGUGAUUACCAAAGGCACAGCCAAGGAAGGCUCCGAGGGAGGGCUGGCCGCCAUCUCCAUCAUCGCCCAAGCCGAAUGUGAGAAUAGCCAGGAGUUCAGCCCCACAUUCUCAGAACGAAUUUUCAUCGCAGGAUCAAAACAGUUCAGCCAGUCUGAGAGUCUUGAUCAAAUCCCCAACAAUGUGGCCCACACAACCGAGGGCAAAAUGGCCCGUGUAUAUUGGAAGGGCAAGCGUCGCAGCAAGGCCCGGAAGAAACGGAGGAAGAAGAGUUUGAAGCCCCCAGCUCUGUCAGGAGUGGCCUUGGCCAGACCCCUCCCCAGAACCCCCGAGCAGGAGAGCUGCGCCCUCCCAGUGCAGGAGGACGAGUCUCCACCAGGCACCCCAUAUAACAAAAACAGCCCCCAGUUCACCAGGCAUCUGAAGGAACCAGGCCUUGGCCAACUCUGCUUUGAGAAACUAGGCGAGGGCCUUCGGCCAGCACUGCCUCGAUCAGAACUCCACAAACUCAUCAGCCCCUUGCAAUGUCUAAACCAUGUGUGGAAACUCCACCACCCCCAGGACGUGGGACCCCUGCCCCUGCCUGCUCACCCUUUCCCUUACAGCAGACUGCCCCAUCCCUUCCCCUUCCACCCGCUCCAGCCCCAGAAACCUCACCCCCUUGAGUCCUUCUUCCUGGGCAAGCUGGCCUGUGUAGACAGACAGCAACCCCUGCCUGGCCCACACCUGCACAAGCUGGCCUGUAUAGACAGUCAGAAACCCCUGCCUGGCCCACACCUGGCGCCCAGCUGUCCAUCUCGCAGCACCCGUGAGAAGUUUUCUGUGGAGGAAUACCUGGUCCACGCUCUACAAGGCAGUGUGAGCUCAGGCCAGGCCCACAGCCUGGCCAGCCUGGCCAAGACCUGGUCAGCAGGGGGCUCCAGGCCCUGGGAGCCCAGCCCUGAAACAGAAGACAGCGAGGGGGUCCUGCUCACUGAGAAACUGAAGCCAGUGGAUUAUGAGUACCGAGAAGAAGUCCACUGGGCCACACACCAGCCCCGCCUGGGCAGAGGCUCCUUCGGAGAGGUGCACAGGAUGGAGGACAAGCAGACGGGCUUCCAGUGUGCCGUCAAAAAGGUGCGGGUCGAAGUGUUUCGGGCAGAGGAGUUGAUGGCAUGUGCAGGAUUGACCUCGCCCAGGAUUGUCCCUUUGUAUGGAGCUGUGAGAGAAGGGCCUUGGGUCAACAUCUUCAUGGAGCUGCUGGAAGGUGGUUCCCUGGGCCAGCUCAUUAAGCAGAAGGGCUGUCUGCCAGAGGACCGAGCUCUUUACUACCUGGGCCAGGCCCUGGAGGGGCUAGAAUACCUCCACACGCGACGGGUUCUGCACGGAGACGUCAAAGCUGACAACGUGCUCCUGUCCAGUGACGGGAGCCGCGCAGCCCUCUGCGACUUUGGCCAUGCCAUAUGCCUUCAGCCCGAUGGCCUGGGGAAGUCCUUGCUCACAGGGGACUACAUCCCGGGCACAGAGACUCACAUGGCUCCCGAGGUGGUGCUGGGCAAGCCCUGUGAUGCCAAGGUGGACAUCUGGAGCAGCUGCUGCAUGAUGCUGCACAUGCUCAAUGGCUGCCACCCCUGGACCCGGCACUUCCGAGGGCCACUCUGCCUCAAGAUCGCCAGCGAGCCUCCGCCCGUGAGGGAGAUCCCACCCUCCUGUGCCCCUCUCACAGCCCAGGCCAUCCAGGAGGGGCUGAGGAAAGAACCCGCCCACCGAGCAUCUGCCGUGGAGCUGGGCGGCACAGUCAGCCGGGCACUGCAGCAAGUGGGAGGUCUGAAGAGCCCCUGGAGAGGGGAACAGAAAGAAUCAGGACACCUGCCACCAGCCCAGGCUGCCCAGCACCAGGCCCGACCUGUCCAGACCAGCAAGCAUUCGCCGGGGGCCCCAGGGCCCCAGCCAGCUGAAGACACUGCAGGCAGGGCCCCCAAGCUUCAGCCGCCUCUACCUCCAGACCCCCCAGAACGGAACAAAUCUCCAACCCUGACCAUGAGCAAAGAGGAGUCUGGGGCAUGGGAGCCCUUGCCUCUGUCCUCCCUGGACCCAGCCCCUGCCAGAAACCCCAGCCCACCAGAGCGGAAAGCAACCUUCCCCGAGCAGGAGCUGCAGCAGCUGGAGAUAGAGUUGUUUCUGAACAGCCUGUCCCAGCCCUUCUCUCUGGAGGAGCAGGAGCAGAUUCUCUCGUGCCUCAGCAUCGACAGCCUCUCCCUAUCAGAUGACAGCGAGAAGAACCCAUCCAAGGCGUCUCAGAGCUCGCGGGACACCCUGAGUUCCGGCGUUCACUCGUGGAGCAGCCAGGCGGAGGCGCGAAGCUCCAGCUGGAACGUGGUGCUGGCCCGGGGGCGGCCCACCGACACCCGGACGGGGGGCCGGGCGGGGGGGCGCCCCCCCGCCCCCCCCAGCCAUUUCAAUGGUGUGAAGGUCCAAAUCCAGUCUCUCAAUGGUGAACACCUACACAUCCGGGAAUUCCACCGGGUCAAGGUGGGCGACAUUGCCACUGGCAUCAGUAGCCAGAUCCCGGCUGCAGCCUUCAGCUUGGUCACCAAAGAUGGGCAGCCUGUUCGCUAUGACAUGGAGGUGCCAGACUCGGGCAUCGACCUGCAGUGCACCCUGGCCCCUGAUGGCAGCUUCGCCUGGAGCUGGAGGGUCAAGCACGGCCAGCUGGAGAACAGGCCCUAGCCCUGCCUUCCACCCAGUGCCACCUGCCAGAGCAGCCUUCCUUCUCGGUGCUCGACGCUGCCCAGGACGUGGGCUCAGCCUGCUCCCCGGGGCUGGAGCGGAAAAGCAGGGCCCAGCAGAUCACCUCCCAGGAUUCCCUCCUGAGUCCUGGCGACCUGCCCACUCCACCUGCGUGAGGAGACAGAGAGGAAGGAGCAGGAUUCUCCCCUCCGGGAGCAGAGAGGGUCUGCCCUGCUCUGCUCCAGACCAGCUGGCCUGACCCAUUUGGAUCAGUGGCCACUCACUGGCUGUUGGUGAGAGCAGCUUCCAGCCCAGGUCAGGAGGGUGGCGAACCCCUGGCCCCUCGGCCCCAGGCGUCUGUGAGGGUGUUGAGUGUCUGAGGGCCGUACCAGGUCUAGUACCGGGCCAGGUCACACAUGUGUGCGCCCUUUCCUGACACUUCUCGGCUGCCGCAGCACAGGGCCUGAGUUGAACUUGGUUUGGCCAAGGGCCAAAGCAGAUGUUGAGGUGAAAUGGUUCUCGGUGCCCGGGCAUGUGCCUCUUUGUCCCAGGGCAGCAGGCCCCACUGUGGGCCCAGCACUCCCUGACCAGCUGGCAUUCAGUUUCCUUGUCUGUGAAAGUGAAGGGUGCCAGGGUAUCCACCAGAUACCAGUGGAAUGUGGCUGACAGAUGCCAUGUCCCAGGCCACACUGUCCACACCCAGCAUGCAAGCUCCCAGGAACAUGGCGGGUGUCCUCGCCACUGACCCGCCUUGUCCCUAGUCACAGGGCACUGCCAGCUACACUUUGCACUCUGAUGACCUCAAAGCACUUCCAAGGCUGCCCUCCAGGAGAGCGGCUCAGUGGCUCUGCGAACAUAAGCAGGCCAGGAGAGGAGCUGCAGGGAUGCAGCGUUCACCUCCCUCCUUACCACGUGACCCCUCACACCUCUUCUUGGUGUCUAAAAUGAGCACCCCCUUCCCCGUUGCCCAGUCCAGCCUCUUCAGGGGAGCUGCUCAUGUCUCAUGUAGCAUUAAAUCAACUGUGAAUCAUUGCAGGGAGGGGCCACUAGCCUCGACCUUCUGGGCCAGGGCAAUGAGACUCAGCAGGAGGAGCUCG